UGUGCAGAGGAGCAGGCAGCAGGAAGACAGUGCGAUUCAAAGUCGAGUUGAGAUUUCACACAGUGACAUCAGUCCUAGUUCUGCCGGCGGCGGCGGGGGUUGAGUGGAGGGAACGAGGCACAGAGAGAGAGACUGGGAAAAAAGGAAGAGAGGCAAGAGGGAAGGAGAUUUGGUAGACGUACAGUGUCGAGAUUGCUAAUCUGGAGAUACGGUCAGAUCAUUUUUGACAGAAUAUUGUAGAGGCCUAUAUAUCCAAGUGGAGUCUUUCUUCUCCAGACCAAAUUCCUUCGCUCUCCUAUCCCCACUUUCCUCCACCCGCAACUUCCCCACUCAGACACAAUGCCCUCUGCCACGAAAGCAAAUGGGGUCGAGAAGCCCACCCUCUCUGGCCAAGUGGCCCGCGUGGCCGAUCGAGACCCGCACUUUGACAAUAGCGACUUGGGUCUGUUGAGGCCGGGAAAAGUGCCGUAUGGACUGGAACAGACGUACGUGGCGGCUAAUGGCAAUAGGGCAGAGUACCUUGAGAAGACGAAGGAUCUGACUUACAUGGAGAGGCAUUGUGUCUUUUUCGACGGAACUUUGAGCGGUGUUGUCAGGCCCAUUGACACCUUCAAAGGCUUCUACGCCCUGGGCUUUGGAGUCAUCUUGUCUGUCGCUGCCAUCUUCAUUGUUCACUCUGCCUUUGCGUACCCAACGCAGCCUACGAAGGGCCGGAAGGCAACGUGGCGUGAGCUGAUCCCCGACCCAACCUUCAACAUUCACAUCGGCAACAUCAACCGCUGCAAGCACGGCAGCGACACCGAGUCCUACGACAGGCGAGGUAACUUCCAAGAGAACAAGUUCCUCACCAUUCUCGAUGACUACAGUUCCAAAGUGGGCAGAGAUGCAUUGAGCUUCAGCGACAUCUGCGUUAUGCUCUACGGUAGGCGAAACUUGAUGGACGCCUUUGGCAUCUUUGCCUUUAUCUUUGAGUGGGGAAGCUCCUACAUGCUCGUCUGGCCUGCUGAUGGAUACAUGAAGAGGGAGGACAUUGAUGGACUGCUCAACGGGGCCAUCUUUGUUGACCUGGCCCACAAUAGGCACAAGAAGGGAGCCUUCGUGGCCAAGUGAGGGAUGAUCAGGCUUACUAGAGGAACGAUUGCCUAGAUGAGGGAGAAACUUGAGAGUCCACCUUUUACGUUUGUUAUACCUUUUCGC